ACGCUUCUUUGAUCGCCGAGUACGCAUAAACCCCGCCCACCGGUCUGACUGCCACCGGUUCCUACAUUUAUGGUGCUGCUACUGGCCGUGACGCGCAGCCGGCCACCGACGAUUUACACAGCCACGGGUGAUCGUCCGCAUAGUGACAGUGAGUGAGGGAGGUGAAAGACGAUAGCGUGCCUGUCACAAUGUCUACAGACAGAGAGCCUCCCGUCACUGCCAAACUCCUUCACCUCAUGUUUCUCUCCACCUUCUGGGGAAUGCAGAUAUGGGUCACCUUCAUAUCAGGCUUUGUAAUGGACAGCCAUCUAAACCGACACACGUUUGGCUUCAUCCAGAGCCGGCUCUUCCCGUUUUACCUGCAUAUCGGCUCAGCCUGCGCUUUCCUCAACCUCACCAUCUUUGCCAUGUACCAUCCUAGCAACAUGCUGGAUGACAAAGAGGCCUUCCAGAUCUUCAUUUUUUUCGUCUGUGUGACUGUGGCGGCAGUAAAUGCCCAGUGGUUUGGUCAGAUGACCUCGGAAAUCAUGGCAGACAUGCAUCUGAUUGAGCAGGCCUGUGGAUUGGGUCAGGACAUCGGACUCUCAUCCAAUCGGGAAGCAUAUGCCAAGCUCUGCGAGACAGAUCCCAAGUAUAAAAAGCUGAGUGGUCGGCUGUGGCUGUAUCACCUGCUGUCCUCCCUCUGUAACCUCUGCUGUAUCGUAUGUAAUGGAUACAGCCUAUAUUACCUGGCAGAAAACCUCACCACACUCUGAUGACCUUCCUGCAAUGCAAUGCAAAACCUUGGUUAACGUCUGUGUGACCCCGGCAGCAAUGACCUGCUCUCAGAUACUGGAUUACCUCCUGACAAAUCUGGUCAUUAUUGUUACAGAUUGUCUCUUUUUAAAUCUUUGUUGUGCUAGUUUUAGUUUAGAUAUGAUAUAUAGAGUUAUUAUUUUAUUUUUUUUGUAAAUGUUACAGAUAAUGGCUGUGCAUAUUUAAAUUAUAAGAUUUGCAUGGUUGAGGAAUGAGUAUAAAUGAACAAAAAUGGGAAGUGGAAGGGACAUUUUCAAAACUUUUCUUGACGUUCUAGAAAUUAUGUCACACAUUUUCUAUUUUCUACACGAAGGCAACCUCAUUCGUCACAAAUUAGUCAAAUUAUUUGAUUUCUCUGUUUCAGUGGCCAGCCUGACUCUGUUCUCCUGGAAUGGGUCUGAAUGUAUCAAUAUGUUCGCGCACAAUCUCUCAUUAUAAGUACACCUUCACAUUUUAACAGGGAUGAAUAUGCAAAUUAUGCUCUCAUCUGGCUGUAGAUUUAGAGUUCGGUUGCUGUUUGUUGAAAUAGAGGUUAAAUUAAAUGCACCAGUUGCACCACAGAAUGUGAUUGUGCAUGUUAUACAUUUUUAAUGACUCACAAACACAUUCUUUUUUUAGUAUUUAAUCAGUGCACUGGAUACAGCUGUGACUGUCCUCUCAGAGCUAAUAUAGUCUAAUGUGUGCCAAAUGUAUUAUAAAUAAGAAUAUAAAAUUAUAUAUAUUUUCAUUAAGUAUAAAAUUAAUAUUAAAUGUGUUUAUAUAUAAAUUAUUUACACUACUGUUAUUCAUACUUUAUAUAUUUCAUUUUCAAAAAUUUGUGGUCAGUAAGUUUUUUUUUUUUUUCUUUUUUUCUUCUUUAAGAAAUUAGUUCUUUCAUUCAGCAAGGACACAAUUGAUCAAAGUGACGUUUAUAAUGUUACAAAAGAUUUCUGUUUGAAAUAACUUUCUGUUCAUCAAAGAAUUCUGGAAGAAUUCUGUCAGUUUCCACAAAAAAUACUUUUUCAAUAAUACAGUUCCUUUCAACAUGGAUAAGAUUUUUUUUUUUUAAAGCACCAAAUCAGCAUAUUAGAAUGAUUUCUGUAGGAUCAUGUAAAAGAGAACACAUUUAUUUUAAAUAUAUAUUUUUUUAAUUGCAUUUUUAAAUCAAAUAAAUGCAGCAUUAUUAAGCAAAAGAUGUUUUAAAAAAACAUUAAAAACCUUACCAACCCCAAACUUUUGCACAUAUAGUUAUGUCAGCCUGGAUUAUGAAUUAUCUUCAACAUUUUAAAUUGUGGCAUUAUUUCAUUCAAAUAUUCUGGUAAGACACAUUUACAGAUGUACUCUAUCUGAAUCCAUCAAACUGACCUUUGUUGUGACAGAUUCAACACAAACAAGUUUAUGUCCUGUUUGACCGCUUUUGCAGAUGUUAAGCAACAGCAAACCGGACUUCCUGGGUGUACAUGACACACUGUGUGUUGCAGAGUCAUGUCAUUUAUCUAAUGUGUUAGUCAUAUAAAAUUGUGUUUAUUCAGAUAUAAAGCACCAUUGAUAAUUUUGGAAUGUAGCUUCUGUUUUCAGUCAUCUUACACAAUCUGCUGUCUGUCCAUCAUAUUUUUGUAUCUUCUUAUCAGUUACAGUACAGUGCCUUGCAUAGAGAUAUCUUUUAAUUUUAAUACUGUUAUGACUGUGUCCAGUAAGAUGCUGGUGAGGCUAUGAGUUUGUCCCGGUAAUUGAGGAUUGACUAUAUUUUAUCAAUGCAAAUGAAAAGGCAGCUACGGACCCUCUGUUAAUGGUUAUAUUUACUUAACUUUAAAUAUCAUCUAGUCAAACAUAUGGUCAGUAGAAUGAAAUGCAUAGAUUUUGCUUAUUAUUAUUGUGCUGUGUUAUUGAAGUUCCAUGAAUUUUUAGCUGAAAUUUCAUUCCUGUCUGCGUAUGCAAAUGAAGUAGUAGAUUAAGAAAAUUUAGCAUUAUCAGGUUUUCUGCCUGAAUAAAAGGUCAUUGCAAUUUAUACUGCAUCUCUUUAAGUAAAGCUGAUGUAUGUCAUUUUUUUUAUAUUAAACAGCACAGUGAAAGUUAAUGUGAAAAGCAACCAGCCUGACACAGCAACAUUGGUUCAACUAUUGUGUGACUGACUCUUUUUGUCUGUUUGACCAGUAACAGAUUAAGGGUGUUUGGGAAAUCUGUUUGAAAACAGUUAUUUUUGCAAUUCCAUUUGUGCAGAAAUUACACAUUCUUCAUCAAGAAUGAAGACUAAUGUCUGAAUUUGUGAUGACUGUAGAGCUGUGCAGUUCUGUUAUGCAAUGUAUGGAAAUGGGUUGAAUGAUUUUUUUUUUAUCAAAUAAAUUUGUAAAAUUGA